ACGUAUAAAUGUCUAUGACUUGCCCUAUCGAACUAAUUGUACUUGGGGUUAGGUGAUUCUUUUGUAGCGAGAAAUUAUGGUGUCUGAAACAGUUUUGUUGAGGAUAUGCCGGAAUGGUGCUGCAAAAGCAAGAAAUUUUCACAGCACUGCAGUUACUACGCAGGCUCAAGAAAGAGUAAAAAAGUUCGCCAUAUACAGAUGGAAUCCUGACAAGCCCGAUGAGAAGCCUCAGAUGCAGGAAUAUGGUGUUGAUUUAAAUAAAUGCGGUCCUAUGGUACUUGAUGCGUUGAUCAAAAUCAAGAAUGAGGUGGAUCCGACAUUGACUUUCAGGCGCUCAUGUCGCGAAGGCAUUUGUGGAUCGUGUGCAAUGAAUAUUGGAGGUGUGAACACGCUGGCGUGUAUCAGCAAGAUAGACUCGAACGUGUCGAAGGCGACCAAGAUCUACCCCCUGCCCCACAUGUACGUGGUGAAGGACCUGGUGCCGGACAUGACCAACUUCUACAACCAGUACCGCGCCAUCCAGCCAUGGCUGCAGCGCCGCGAGGAGCCGGCCAGCGGCCAGCAGCAGUACCUGCAGUCCGUCGACGACCGCAAGAAGCUGGAUGGGCUGUACGAGUGUAUCUUGUGUGCGUGCUGCAGCACGUCCUGCCCCUCCUACUGGUGGAACGGGGACAAGUACCUGGGCCCGGCCGUGCUCAUGCAGGCCUACAGGUGGAUCAUAGACUCGAGGGAUGAAGCGACUGAGAAGAGGCUGGACAAGCUGCGCGACCCGUUCUCGGUGUACCGCUGCCACACCAUCAUGAACUGCACCCGCACCUGCCCCAAGGGUUUGAAUCCUGGAAAAGCAAUAGCCGAGAUCAAGAAACUAUUGUCGGGGAUAAUCAAGAAGGAUGAGCCAGGAAUGAAGACUGUGGCAGCCCAAGCAUAAUUCUUGGUUUUUACGUGUAGCAGUAUUAACUGGCAGCAUUUGAAAUGAUUGGAGUAUAUGAUUUGGAUUGUACAGUUGUCUUAAGACCUGUAAAGUAAAGGAAGUCAGAUAAAACAUAACCGUAACAUGUGCAUGGUUGGUUAGUCAUUGAUGGAAGAAAAAUAAUUUGCAAAGUAAUUUUUUAAACAGUAUGCAAUAACUUCGAUAGUUUAAAAAAAAAAAAAUAGAAUUAUCAUUAAGAGGCAUAAUUUUUUGGAUUGGUUUCAUGCCUAUAUUAAAGUAAACAUUUUUAGAAUGCACAUUGGUGUACAGUUAACUAUUUUCUUAAUAGUGGUUCAAGGUGUCACAGUUGUAUCAAAACUACAGGCCAAUGUUCACUUAAGACUACUUGGUCAUCUAAUUACUUUAGUCAGCUGCUUCCAAUCUGCUGCCAGGUAAGCAAAGUAAAAUGCCUACAUAUUCCUCUUUUUGUUCCACCAUUCUUCCUCUCCACACUAUUCAGGCUUCUCUUCCCACCACCUACUUAGGGCAUUAUUCCUGUGUACUUUACUCCAGUUUCCUAGGCAGCCUCUUAUCAAAUAAAAAUACAUAUGUUAAA